ACUUGCGCACACACAGACACACACACACACACCAUACGCACACAUCUACAGGCAAUUCGCUAGCCCCACCAUCAUUAAGAUCACGCCGCAAGCAGCGUCCUCCCUCCUUCCCCGGCAGCAGCCUCAUCGCUAACACCGCCGACAAAGACCAUCACAACCUCCACCGACAUAAACAACAUCUAACUACUAAUACAUCCAUUCCUCCCCACCACUACCACCACCACAACCACAACCACAACCAUCGCUACAACCACCAUUACUAGCACCUCCUCCACAACCAUUUUCAUACCCUACUCACCACUACCGUACCCAUACUUACGAUAACCACCGACACCACCACCACCACCACCACCAACACCAACGUCGGUACUAUAUCCUUCCCGCUGUUACUACAGACCUUAUGUAUACCACUACCACCACCACCACCACUACCACAACCACCACAACCACCACAACCACCACAACAGCAACAACAUUAUAAUCCCCAAUAUCUCUACUGUAGUCGCCGCCGUCACCACCUCUACCGAGAUAAGCCUACUCUCCAUCCACCCACACUACCAAUACCACUAGUAACACCACUAUAACAAACACCAUUACCACUACCACCAGAACACCUUCACCAUCACCACCACCACCAUCAUAGUCAUCACUCCGUUGUUCAUUUCCUAUCAAAUCCCAUCACAUCCGGGUAUUUGUUGUGUUUCAGUUGUUAUUGUUUUUUGUCAAACGAAAAUGUGGAAGAGAACAGGACUAAAGCGUACCGCGCUAUUUUACCGGACUUUUACGAUUUCGAUCCUGAGUCUAGCCGUUCUCUUUUUGGAUUUAGCAGAUGGCUCCCCGUCAUCGGCCUGGUCAGCAUGGUGGCGUUAUGAAGGUAUUUCUGGUCCAGAGUACUGGGGGAAAAUCAACCCUGAUUGGACGUUAUGUGAAAAAGGCAAGCAACAGUCACCAGUUGAUAUUGAUCCGAGAUCAUUAGUAUAUGAUCCGAACUUAAGGCCAUUUAAAAUGGAAAAGAAGCGAAUAGAUGCUAUGCUAAUGAAUACUGGCCGUGAUGUAACAAUGGCUAUCCGCGAAGAUCCGUCCAAUUAUAUCACUAUUCUGACAGGUCCAUUUUCCUAUCGUUUUCGGAUAUACCAAUUGAAAAUACACUUUGGAACGGUCGAUAAUGCUGGCUCGGAGCAUACCAUCGGAGGACAAUCAUUUGCUGCCGAAAUUCAUCUGAUUGCUUACAACACAGAUUUAUAUGAUAACUAUACUUCUGCCCUCGCCUCUCCUCAUGGAAUCGUCGCUAUUGCUAUAUUUGCGAUGCUUAGUGAAAAAACGGGAAAUGAAUUUGAUGUGAUAGGAAAAGAGUUUGAAAAUAUUCGUUUUAAAGGAGAGAAAAGAAACAUUAGCCAAGUUCUACUUGCCGAUAUCAUCCCAAAGACUGACCAUUAUAUGACAUAUGAAGGGUCACUAACACAACCUGGUUGUCAGGAAACAGUCACGUGGAUCAUCCUUAAUAAACCGAUAUACGUCACUAAAAUACAGAUGCGCCAGUUGAGGCAAAUGAACCAAGAAGAAACACCAGGCAGCAUCCUUUUAGGAAAGAACAUUCGUCCAACGAUGCCAUUGAACAGAAGAACUAUAAGGACCAAUAUAAGCCCAGAAGCACAGUCGAAAGAAUGUUCAAUAAAAAAAGAAUUAUUUUAUACUGUUGGGGAGAAAUAUCAAGGACUGUCGACAAAGAAAACCAAGAUAACCACUGAAGAGGAUGCAAAUAAAGAAAGUGUUGACAACAUUUCGGAGACAGACGCUGAUAAAGAGGAAAAUAUGGAGGGGAAAAUAGAAUAAUGGUUUUCGCCGAAAAAACUAAGAAUGUUUUAUCGAGUAUGGGUGGAAUCAAAUGGAUGUAAAUGAUCCUGCUAUUUUAUGUACAAGAUCUAGUCUUCCCUGAGAACACCUGAUGAUCUGACGUUACAAAUAUAAAGAACAAAAAUAUAUUAGACCAAAAGGUGCUAUAUCGAGAUUUGGACUAGUUAAGAAUUUAUAAUUUUACAAAGACAUUGUAAUAUCCUGCUUGCGGCCACCCAUCUCGUCUGCUUUCUUCAAUUCCUUUUGCCUCCUUUUCGCGCCUUUCAAUCGCCGUAUUCCUAUCCGGUAAAUAAAAGGAAGUGAUAAAAGGGAAAGACAUCUACAACGCUCAAUCGCCAAAAGCCGAAAACUUACUCCGUCAUUACGUGACCUCGUUCAGACGUCAAAGAGAUGAAUGAAAGAACUUGAUCUGAUCAACAAAGAAAUACCUGUUAGAUCUUCACUGGUUGAUAGCUAUCAAGUGAUGAGCUGUAGAACACCCUUGUCAGAACAGUAGGUUCUGGGAGGUGGCAUUAUAUGUCUAGUCUCUGUGAUAGAAAAAGUUACAAUGAAUACUAGAGAGAUGGUAGAGGAGAGUGAAGAGAAUCACAAAACAUGUUAUUCUAUAUGAAUUAUGAAUGAUCGCAAUAAAAAUUACAUUUUAAAGCGAGAAAGUUUUGUAUUUUAUAUUUCACAAUACUUGUGGUUGUAGCAGAAUAUAGCAUUUUUACAAAAGUGCAAAUCCUUACAUCACUGACGUCUGGUAGUGUUUCAUUAAGGAUGUUUCAUGUUAUGGGAAAUUUUCCUUUCCACUGUCCCUUACAUUUCAGACAUAUUGAGAAUAUGAAGUUGAAUUAAUUCUAUCUCUGAACCGAAAUAAAUACACCAUGUACUGAUAUCUGAUUCUUAAUUUGUUGUCUGGGAUUCUAUGUA